UUCCUCGAAAGCACCAACGAUGAACGGUCAUCAAUUUUAUUUGCUUGUGUAUUGUUGCCUCUUUUUCUUUGGCAUCUGUGGGGUAUCCUCAGCGCUUGUCCGAUCCGCCCCCGAACAAAGAGGACCAAAUGGACGUGUUGUUGGUGGUGUUUCCGCCUCGGUUAAUAGUGCACCCUAUGCGGUGUCUAUGCAAUAUAAAGGCACUCAUUACUGUGCCGCCAGCAUUAUUAAUGCCAAUUGGCUCGUAACAGCCGCCCAUUGUUUGACGAACAGUGCCCAAGUGUUGGGUAGCACCCUGAUCGCUGGUAGCAAUGCUGUGGCCGGCACUGCAUCCACUACCCAAAAGCGUACCAUUACCUAUUUCUAUGUGAAUGAACUGUACACGGGUGGAACUGUGCCCUACGACAUCGGAUUGGUCUACACGCCAACGGCAUUCACUUGGACAGCUGCUGUGGCGGCCAUCAGUUUGCCCAAAGCGAAUGUAGUGCCCACGGGUACGGCAAAUUUAUAUGGCUGGGGAAGUAUGUCGACAACAAAUACGCCAAGUUACCCAAGCACACUUCAAGUGGCUGCCAAUGUGCCCAUCAUCAGCUUGAGUGCGUGUACCGCAGCCUUGGGCAACAAGGGAUCCGAUGUGCAUAAUACAAACUUGUGUACGGGUCCCCUAACUGGUGGUGUCAGCAUCUGUACUUCGGAUUCGGGUGGUCCUCUGGUUCAGGGUGGAGUCCUCAUCGGCAUUGUUUCGUGGGGCAAGUUGCCAUGUGGACAGGUCAAUUCGCCGUCGGUGUAUGUGCAGGUGUCUUCGUUUAUCUCCUGGAUUGCGAACAAUCAAAAUAUCUAAUAUCGUGUAUAUGUUUUUUAACCAAAUAAAUAUCAGCAAACAAUAGUUAAGUAUUU